GUCAGAAGAGGUGAUAGAUACAGAUAGAUUCUUUCUUAGGGCUUUUUCACACUAAAUGCAAAUGUUCAGUGAAAUGCAGAUUGCCAACAAAUGCCUUUAUUCACACCAGAUCCAACUAGUUUUUGCCUUCGGUUAAGUUCAUCGAGUGAUCAGAUUACCAUUUUAUGACUCAUUAUUCAUAAACUGGCAUGUUGACAAUGUUAACCGCUUCAUGAGGCGCAUCACUACAGAGAAGACCAUCGGGGCUUUAACUAAAUCACAUCAAAUAUACUGAAGUAUAAAACCGUAUGAUGUUAUGCAACUAAAUGUUUUCCAAAUCUGUGCACAUGCUCCAGCAUAAGAAAAAACAGCUUGGUUUUAACACAAAGUACAGAAAAUAAUUUUGAAUUGUUACAAUCAAAUGGCCGUAUAUUUGUUUCCUUUCUGGCUGGUCCAACAAGUCUUAUGUAAUAAUUAAUAUACACAAUUAAUUACUGAUCAGCUGUUUGUAACUUGGAUAGGUUUUACUGCACUGUAUAUUAGUGAAAAACUAUAAUCUUUAUUGUAUAUAUGAAUUAUUUGUUCAUAAAAACUUCAAACGUAUUGCUAGAUUCUUAAUAUUGACAAACUGAACUGUAAGUAAUUUGAAUGUAAUGUAACCACAAUAAUCUGUAGUCAUUGGUUGACAUGUUCAAAGUGCGUCCUUUCAUAGAUGAAGUGAAAAACACCAUUAUGUUCUGAUCCUGCAUGUUGCUUUUCAUGACCUUGUGAGAGUUCUUCUAACUGAGCGAGGCAUUUGAUUAUCAAAGUCACAGGUCUGCCCUCUGGCUGGAACAGGUUUCACAACACAUAAAUUACACGACUGUCACACGACUGUCACACGAUGGGCUAACAACAUUAAUGAGCUAUACCAAUCAAUACAAUACUGUAGAAGAAAGGAGACGAUGCAUGAUAGAUUGAAUUAUUUUGAAAUAGUUGACGCAUAAUACCAGGUUGAUGUAAAAUACUCUGAAGACCAAGGUGAAGAAAUGUGUUUCAUGAUGGUUUUUAUACUUUUGAAUGUUUUUAUACCAAUACCUAUUUUACAAUUAUGACUCAGGAGCACAAAACCAGGCAUAAGGGUGUUUUUAUUUUAUUUUUAUUCAAUUUUUUUUAUUUGUUUUGUUUUAAUUAAACACUAUUUGAAAAUCUGAGAUUGCAAAAAAAAACCCAGUAUACUCAGAAAAUAACCUCUGAAGUCCUUAGCAAUGCAUAUUACUAAUCAAAAGUUAAGUUUUGAUAUAUGUACGGUAAUCAAUGUGCAAAUGACUUUUGGGAUACGAAAAGAAAUUUUGACCUGUUCAAUGUCUUUGUCUGUUACUACAAAUAUACCUGUGCUACUUAUGACUGCUUUUGUGCUCCAGGCUCACUAUUUAACAAAAAUAAGUUACCAAAAAAUGUAUAAAGUGAAAUAAAGUAGCUACAGCUAACUAGUUACAGUUCAGGUGACAUCAGGUGACUAUGAAAUUAAUUGCAAUAAAGACAUGAAAAAGUCUAUCUGCAAAACACUUGUAAGCUUUGAACAUCGAUGCACAAUGUGGCUUUGGGCAAAACAGUUGUGAGAACGCAAAUGAUCCUGUCCAUCACUGCUUGAAAUCUCGCCUCUGGGUUGCUGAGCCGAAAUGAACUCUAUGAAACCCCCUGAAGGCUAGACCGCUCCUACCCACCAAAAGUAUAAAACCAAGACCACCACCUGCAGAGCUCACCCAGAACCCAUAAUACACCUGUGCAUCAGCCCUUUAGAUCGACAACAUGAGCUUCACGUUCACGUCAGAGUUCCAGUCCAGCUUCCAGACCAUCUCCAGCUUCGGCGUUCCUUACGUGAGUCGUAUCUCUGGUGGACUGAAAGCUGGGAAAGCCGUCUUCAUUCAGGGAUCUGUUCCCUCUGGAUGUGAGAGCUUUGUGGUGAACCUGAAGUGUGGAGAGUCCAAAGGAGAUGACAUUGCUCUUCAAAUCAAGCCCCUGUUCAGCAGCGACUGCAUGGUCCUGAACAGCCGCCAGCAUGGGUCAUGGGGAGAAGAGGAGAAGAUGGAGUUAGCUUUAAAACAGGGGACCGGCUUUGACCUGAUGAUUGCCGUAAAUACUGAAAGUUAUCAGGUGCAUCUGAACGGACGUGAAGUUGGCGCUUUCCAGCAUCGUAUAUCUCUGGGUCGCGUCAUCGCUCUGAGCAUUGAAGGAGAGGUUUCUUUGACAAAUGUGGCUUUCACCGAGAGCUGGGAUGGAUGUUCUGUAUCUGGGUGGAGUGAAUGUAUGCUUCACUCACAGGAUGGGACAAUCACUUCUGAAGAACAUUCAUCUGUGCUGGAUGGAAGCUUUACUGUUCAACCACAGAUGGGAUUUUCACUGAGCAACCCAGUUCAAAAUCCUAACCUUCCUUAUGUGGCCCCAAUUUCAGGAGGACUGAGAGAAGGCAUGGCCUUAUUCCUGAAGGGAGUUGUUCCCACAAAAGCUGACAGGUUUGAGCUCAAUUUUAAGACUGGGCCAUCUGGCAAUGAUGACAUUGCUUUCCACUUCAACCCUCGAAUGGACCGGAAGGUGGCCAUGAACAGUUUCAGGAACCGAGGCUGGCAAGCAGAGGAAAGUGUGUCUGACAACCCCUUUAAAAAGGGACAGCCUUUUGAGAUGUUGACUGCCAUCAAAUCUGAAGGAUAUCAGGUUUAUGUGAAUGGUAAAGAGCUGUACACAUUCAAGCACCGUGUACCGCUGGAGAAAGUGUCAACGUUAAAUAUCAGUGGAGAUGUUGCUGUGGACCUUUCUGGUUUCAUACAAAACUGGAAUGCAUCCUCAUUUGUUACUAAAGUCAAGUCCACAACUACAUAUCUGGGCCGCCCACAUGGAAAACGCUCUACUGCACAGUCAGAAAUUUUGCAGCCAGUACAAAACCCUAACCUUCCUUAUGUGGCCCCAAUUUCAGGAGGACUGAGAGAAGGCAUGGCCUUAUACUUACAAGGAGUUGUUCCAACUAAUGCUGACAAAUUCGAAGUUAAUUUCAAGACUGGGGAGUCCAGAAAUGAUGACAUUGCUUUCCACUUCAACCCUCGAAUGGACCGGAAGGUGGCGAUGAACAGUUUCAGGAACCGAGGAUGGCAGGCAGAGGAAAGUGUCUCUAACAACCCCUUUAAAAAGGGACAGCCUUUUGAGAUGUUGACUGCCAUCAAAUCUGAAGGAUAUCAGGUUUAUGUGAAUGGUAAAGAGCUGUACACAUUCAAGCACCGUGUACCGCUGGAAAAAGUGUCAACGAUAAAUAUCAGUGGAGAUGUUGCUGUGGACCUUUCUGGUUUCAUACAAAACUGGAGAGCAUCUGUAUUUCCUACAAAAGUUACAACAAAAAUCACCAAUCUGGGAAGCUCACCUGGAGAACGUUCCACCGUACAAGCAGAGAUCUUGCAGCCAGUCCAAAACCCUAACCUUCCUUAUGUGGCCCCAGUUUCAGGAGGACUGAGAGAAGGCAUGGCCUUAUUCCUGAAGGGAGUUGUUCCCACAAAAGCUGACAGAUUUGAAAUAAAUUUCAAGACUGGGCCGUCCAGCAAUGAUGACUUUGCAUUCCACUUCAACCCUCGAAUGGAUAAGAAUGUGGCCAUGAACAGUGUGAUAAAUGGAAAUUUUGGAACCGAGGAAAGUGUGUCUGACAACCCCUUUAAAAAGGGACAGCCUUUUGAGAUGUUGACUGCCAUCAAAUCUGAAGGAUAUCAGGUUUAUGUGAAUGGUAAAGAGCUGUACACAUUCAAGCACCGUAUACCGCUGGAAAAAGUGUCAACGAUAAAUAUCAGUGGAGAUGUUGCUGUGGACCUUUCUGGUUUCAUACAAAACUGGAGAGCAUCUGUAUUUCCUACAAAAGUUACAACAAAAAUCACCAAUCUGGGAAGCUCACCUGGAGAACGUUCCACCGUACAAGCAGAGAUCUUGCAGCCAGUCCAAAACCCUAACCUUCCUUAUGUGGCCCCAAUUUCAGGAGGACUGAGAGAAGGCAUGGCCUUAUUCCUGAAGGGAGUUGUUCCCACAAAAGCUGACAGAUUUGAAAUAAAUUUCAAGACUGGGCCGUCCAGCAAUGAUGACUUUGCAUUCCACUUCAACCCUCGAAUGGAUAAGAAUGUGGCCAUGAACAGUGUGAUAAAUGGAAACUUUGGAACCGAGGAAAGUGUGUCUGACAACCCC